AUGACAUGCCAGUCAUGUGUUCAGUCUAUUGAAGGAAGGAUCUCCAAGCUGCCAAGCAUAAUUAGCAUUAAGGUCUGCCUGGAUGAAAACAAUGCCACUGUGUACUAUGUCCACUCAGAAAUAACCCCUCAGAAGAUCUGUGAAGAGAUAGAAGACAUGGGCUUUGAUGCUAACAUACAAGAGAUGAUCGCACCACCGGAAGAGCUUAGGAAUCAUAUAGAUAAUAUGGGAUUUAUGGCUUCUCUUAAGAGUAAACCUGACCCAUUAAAACUUGGAACAAUUGACAUUGAACGGUUGCAGGCAGUUUCUAUACCAAGAAAGGUUUCAGACUCUGGUGGUGCUGUCAAUGAUGGUCAGACAGGAGUAGUGACUAUUGGUAUAGAAGGAAUGCACUGCAAAUCUUGUGUCCACAAUAUAGAAGGGUCCAUUUCAGGGCUUCCUGGUAUUGUUUCUGUGCUGGUGGCACUGAUGGCUGGUAAAGCAGAGGUCAGAUACAUGGAAGAAUGGAUUGAACCAAGCGAGAUUGCACAACUCAUUGAAGGCCUGGGGUUUGGAGCAGUAGUAUUGGAAGACUGCACUGCUACACAUGGUAGUAUUGAGCUAGUGAUUACAGGUAUGACAUGCGCAUCAUGUGUUCAUAACAUUGAAUCCCGAUUGAGGAGAAUGCCAGGUAUUCUACAGGCCUCUGUAGCUCUGGCUACCUGCAAAGCACAAGUCAAGUUUGAUCCAGAAGUUGUUGGCCCAAGAGACAUCAUUCAAGUGAUUGAGGGAAUUGGAUUUCGAGCAUCUUUGCCCAAAAGAGAUCCCAGAGCCCAUAAUCUAGAUCAUAGACAGGAAAUAAAGCAGUGGAGAAGCUCCUUUUUGUGCAGCCUUUUUUUUGGCAUUCCCGUCAUUGGUAUCAUGAUUUACAUGUUAUUUACCCACAAUGGAAAAAAGCCAUCAGCACUGGAUACAAACAUUAUCCCUGGGCUGUCCAUCAUGAACCUCAUCUUCUUUAUUCUUUGUUCUCUGGUCCAGUGUCUUGGAGGAUGGUACUUCUAUGUGCAGGCGUACAAGUCUCUGAAGCACAAGACAACCAACAUGGAUGUUCUGAUAGUCCUGGCGACCACCAUUGCCUACAUAUAUUCAGUGGUUAUACUGAUUGUGGCCAUGGUAGAGAAGUCUGAUCAGAGCCCAGAGACCUUCUUCGAUACACCCCCCAUGCUGUUCAUGUUUAUUGCUCUGGGGAGAUGGCUCUUUGAGCACAUAGCAAAGGGUAAAACAUCGGAGGCUCUAGCUAAGCUGAUAUCUCUGCAAGCUACAGAGGCAACUGUUGUGACACUUGGACCAAAAUUUCUCAGUUGUAAGGAGGAUCAGAUAGCUGUAGAGUUGGUCCAGAGAGGAGAUUUGGUGAAGGUUGUGCCUGGUGGCAAGUUUCCAGUUGAUGGGAAAGUCAUUGAAGGGACAUCUAUGGCAGAUGAAUCUCUUAUCACAGGUGAGCCUAUGCCUGUCAGAAAAAAGCCAGGCAGCAUUGUCAUUGCUGGGUCCAUUAAUGCCCAUGGCUCUGUGCUGGUUGAGGCAACUCAUGUGGGCUCUGACACCACCUUGGCACAAAUUGUGAAGUUAGUGGAAGAAGCUCAGAUGUCCAAGGCACCUAUCCAACAACUGGCUGAUAAAAUCAGUGGAUACUUUGUUCCUUUCAUAAUUAUUAUUUCCAUUGUAACACUGAUUUCUUGGAUCACAGUUGGCUUUCUGAACUUUAAUAUCAUAAUCAAAUAUUUUCCAGGUUACAGCAAAAUAAUAUCUAAAGCAGAAGUGAUCAUCCGGGUGGCGUUUCAGACUUCCAUCACUGUGCUGUCUAUUGCCUGCCCUUGUGCCCUGGGUCUGGCCACACCCACUGCGGUGAUGGUGGGUACUGGACUAGCGGCACAAAAUGGCAUCCUCAUCAAAGGUGGAGGACCGCUAGAAAUGGCACACAAGAUAAACACAGUGAUGUUUGACAAGACAGGCACAAUAACACAUGGCGUACCCAAGGUUAUGAGGGUGCUGCUGCUUGGUGAUACGUCGCGGAUCCCUCUGAAAAGAAUGCUUGCAGUGGUGGGGACAGCAGAGGCCAGCAGUGAACAUCCUCUGGGAAUGGCUGUUGUGAAAUACUGCAAAGAGGAGCUUGGCACAGAAACUUUGGGUUAUUGUUCAGACUUUCAGGCUGUUCCAGGCUGUGGGAUCAGUUGUAAAGUGAACAAUGUGGAAAGUGUCCUGGUGCAGAGUGAAGGGGAUCUGAAUGAGCACAACAUUUACAAAAGUGGACUCGGCUGUUCACAGGAUGCAGGUGCAAGCGCCCCAGAACCUCACUCUGUAUUAAUUGGGAACCGGGAAUGGAUGAAACGCAAUGGACUUUGUAUUUCUCAUGAUGUAGAUGAUGCUAUGACUAGCCAUGAGAUGAAAGGACAGACCGCAGUGUUGGUUGCUAUAGAUGGUGCAUUGUGCGGAAUGAUUGCGAUCGCAGAUACUGUAAAGCAGGAGGCCGCCCUUGCUGUGCACACUUUAAAGGCUAUGGGGGUGGAUGUUGUACUGAUAACUGGUGACAACAGGAAGACUGCCAAAGCUAUUGCAACCCAGGUUGGGAUUCAGAAGGUGUUUGCAGAGGUUCUUCCCUCUCACAAGGUAGCCAAAGUCCAGGCACUGCAAAAUGAGGGGAAGAGAGUUGCCAUGGUGGGUGAUGGUGUCAAUGACUCCCCAGCAUUGGCAAGAGCUGACAUUGGUAUCGCCAUUGGCACUGGAACUGAUGUGGCCAUCGAAGCUGCAGAUAUUGUUCUCAUCAGAAAUGAUUUACUUGAUGUGGUUGCAAGCAUUCAUCUCUCAAAGAGGACAGUGAGAAGAAUAAGGGUUAACUUCAUGUUUGCCCUGAUAUACAAUCUUCUUGGCAUUCCCAUUGCGGCAGGUGCCUUCUUGCCUCUGGGGUUGGUGCUACAGCCAUGGAUGGGAUCAGCAGCGAUGGCAGCCUCCUCUGUCUCUGUGGUUUUAUCGUCAUUACAGUUGAAGUGCUACAAUAAGCCAGACACAGACACAUAUGAAGCCCAAGCCCAAGGCCACAUGAAACCUCUCACACCAUCACAGAUAAGUGUUCAUGUUGGGAUGGAUGACAGAAGAAGAGAUAUUUCCAGUAAUUGGGACCAGAUCAGCUACAUCAGCCAAGGGUCUGCAAACAAAAUCUCUCGACAAAAUUCUUGGCAGUCAACAGGAGAGAGACUGGAUAAAUGGUCUAUUCUCAUCAAUGAAGCUGAUGAGGACCAGUACAUGUAA